AGUCUAUUUGUCGUCGACUCGCUUCAUCUGAUGUCAGUAAGAAAAACGGCGAAGAAGGAAGGAAGUGAUCGUACAUCCGGCCCGUCCCACGCUGCAGGCAGUUCGUGGAUCUGAAGUCCCACAGCUCCAGGUUCGGGAUCAGCAACUUCCCUUCAACCAUCCGCUUCGUGAAAUAACCUGCACGACCCUGAGCACCACCUCAGGUCAGCAACACUGCAACCACUUGCACGACAAUGGACUUUGUCAGUUUUUGCCCUAAUUGUGAUCUUUCUUGCGUAAGUUAUGUUUUCCUUCUGAAUGUUGAGCCUCUCAUGCUAUGUGCCUGUGAUGCUGCUGCAAGUAAGUUUAUCCUUGCACCGUACACACUUGUACUUGUGCAUAUGACAAUAAACACCACUUGGACUAAGCUUUUACUUCGAUCCACGGACGAGUCAGAGGCGCAUGCGCACACCGUCCUUCCUCUGUUGCACUGCGAAGUCUCUUCGUCAUUUGUUUUUUGUUGCUGACUUCAGUUGAAGGGAUUCGGCGACCGAUCGUCUGCGGGACAGGAGAGAGCGCGGCUCCGGCUCCCAAUCUGGGAGUCGGGAGAGGGAGGGGCCUCUGCCUUGGGCUCUCAGGACGACGUUCCCCAUGAGCGGCAGAAUCUGUGAACACCGGUCAUCACUAUGGCUGAAGGUGCACACAGGGGAGAAGAUCCAGUGACAACAACAAAAAGGGACGACAAGGGUGGAAUAUUCACUUGGAUGCAGAAUUUUACCGGGUGGUUUUCACCAGCCGGCCAAAGGGAAGACGAUGAGAUUACAGGAACCGCAAGCAGAAAACAAGAUCGUAUUGAGAGCAGUGGCCCUGUGGUGGGUGAUCUGUCUGCAGGGAGAAGAGAACAAAUUCAAUCUGGAGGGAGUGGAGAGAGGAAAGGUGAUCAGGUCGCCGGAACCCCGCCAACAGAGCAGGGUCAUAUUGAGAGCAGUAGCCCUGUGGAGGGUGAUCCGUCUGCGACUCAUUCCUUUGGAGGUUCAGUAAACAACGGACAGUCAAGCUUGGACCUGGUGACGUAUCCAAAGUCCACACUCUCUGAGCUCCUGACACAGUGGGACGAUUACCAACUGUUCCAGCUGGGAAAAUUCUACCAGCAUAGACUGACAGAGGCGAUUGAAGAACGAGUUGAAGGACUCAGCCAACUGUUGAGGAACGAGGAACAUUUCAGUGGACGUGAACAUGAGAACGUCACUGAGCUCGUGGGGAAGGGCAACCGAACAGAUGGUUCCAAGCUCUUCCUCAGUCUGGUGACAGAGAAAGGCUCCCAGACCUGGAGGGUGAUGUGGGAAUCAUUUGGAAUCAUGAGGAAGGAGUUGCCAAAGCUGGACAAAAUACUGAAAGAAAUCCAGGAGUUCGGUCCUGAUCCACAAGAAUAUAUGAACAUCGCCCGAGGUUUAACUGAACUACCCACUAAACUGAAAGAUGUUCAACAGAAACACAAGAGGACACUGCGGGCACAGACUGAAACACUGAGAGUGAACACCAUCCUGAUGAGGGAGAAGGUGAAGGUUUUCCAGCUGGUCGAUCGAUACACUAAGCUCACGGUCAUUUCCACUUUUCGACGUCGGAGACUUAUGGAACACGAGCUGCUGGUAAGAGGCCGGGACCACGAAAAGUGGAGAGAGGAACAUCUCCGGGGAGAGCUGGAAAAAAUCCGGACUGAUCAGUUGUUCGAGAGCAGCUUUUCCGGGAGCAAAUCCAAAUCUGGGAGUUCAGCAGCAGUGGCCGGAGUCCCGGGGAUCGGGAAAACAACAAUGGUGCAAAAGAUUGUUUAUGACUGGGCCACGGGGAAAAUAUACCAACAAUUUCAAUUUAUCUUCAGUUUCAAGUUCCGGGAUUUAAACACGAUUAAUUGCACAAUAAACCUGUGGAACCUGAUGGUAUUUUUUUAUCCUUACCUGAGGGAUGUUCUGAAAAAGCUGUGGGAGAACCCAGAGGGGUUGCUGUUUAUAUUCGAUGGUUUGGAUGAAUUCAAGGACAGAAUCGAUUUUGCUGACAAUUGGAGAGACACAGAACCUCAGCACAUGUGCACAGAUCCUGAAUUCCGGUGUAAGGUGUCUGACAUUGUGUACAGUUUAAUCCAGCACAAGCUGCUCCCGGGGUGUUCAGUGCUGCUGACCACACGUCCCACUGCGUUACACUUAUUGGAAAAGGCGGAGAUCAGUGUCUGGGCUGAAAUCCUGGGAUUUGUUGGUGAGGAACGGAAGGAAUAUUUCAACAGGUUUUUUGAAGAUCAGGCGGUGGCAGCGGCUGUUUUCAAACACGUGGACGAGAAUGAGAUCCUGUACACCAUGAGCUACAACCCCUCCUACUGCUGGAUCCUCGGUCUGGCACUGGGUCCCUUCUUCACACAAAGACACAGAGCCCCGCAGCGGGUUCCCAAGACCAUCACCCAACUAUAUUCCCACUACAUUUACAACAUCCUAAAAAACCACGGCCGUGAGAUUGAAAGCCCCCGUGAUGUGUUACUGAGGGUUGGUCAGAUGGCCUUCACAGGAGUGUCCGAGAGGAAGAUUGUAUUUACAGAUGGAGAUUUGAUCAGGUACAAUCUGCAGCCUUCCCAGUUUCUGUCCGGGUUCCUGAUGGAACUUUUGGAGAGAGAGGAUUGUGCCCGGAGCGUGGUGUACACAUUCCCACACCUCACUAUCCAAGAGUUUGUCGCCGCACUCGCACAAUUCCUGACUCCAGAUCCCGGGGAUAUCCUGAAACUCCUAACUGAAGCCCACAGCGAAGAAGACGGGCGAUUUGAGGUAUUUCUCCGUUUUGUUGCUGGUCUCUCCUCCCCAGCGUCAGCUCGGGGGCUGGAGGAGUUUGUGGGUCCAUUUCCCCAUCAAACAAUCUGCCGAGUGAUUGACUGGGUGAAGCAGGAGGUGAAACGUCAGGGUGGAAACAGAAGGAGCGGAGCUGGUAAAAGGAGCCUCCUGAACACACUGCACUACCUGUUUGAGUCUCAGAACCGUGGACUGGUUCAGGCCGCGCUGGAAUCUGUGGAAACACUUUCAUUCAGUGGAUUGCGAAUGACCCCGAUUGACUGCGCCGUCCUGUCUCAUGUCAUUGGGCUCUGUGAUACAGUAAAACACCUCGACCUGUGGAACUGCCGCAUUGAGAGUGAAGGGCUCCAGCGGUUGGGACCCGGGCUGCACAAAUGCCAGGAGCUGAGAUUUAGGAGCAAUCAUCUAGGAGAUUCCGGGGUGAAGUUGGUGUCUGCAGCUCUGAGGGAUCCGGAGUGUAAAAUGAAGAGACUGGAGCUGAGGGAUGUCGGUCUCACAGAUUCUGGUGCCGAAGAUCUCGUCUCCGCCCUCAGUACAAACCGCUCACUGACGGAGCUGGACCUGGUUAGAAAUGAACUGGAGGAAUCAGGAGUCAAACUGGUGUCUGCAGCUCUGAGGGACCCGGAGUGUCAAAUCCAGAGUCUGGAGCUGGAUGGAGUCAUUCUUUCGGCCAGUUACACUGAGGGUCUUGGCUCCACUCUCAGUACAAACGACUCGCUAGUGGAAUUGGAACUGAGUGGUGGUAAACUGGGAGAUUCAGCAGUGAAACUACUGGCUGCGGCUCUGAAGGUCACUAAGUAUAAAAUACGUAGAUUGAAGCUGUGGUGCAUAGGUCUCUCAGGAUCUUCUGCUGAGGAUCUCGCCUCCGCUCUUAGUAUAAACAGCUCACUGACGGAGCUCGACCUGAGCGAUAAUGAACUGGGACAUUCAGGAGUGAAACUAGUGUCUGCGGCUCUGAGGGAUCCAGUAUGUAAAAUAAAGAAACUAGAGCUAAGGGGUGUCGGUCUCACAGAUUCUGGUGCGGAGGAUCUCGCCUCCGCUCUCAGUACAAACCGCUCACUGACGGAGCUGGACCUGAGUGACAAUAAGCUGGGAGAUUUGAGAGGGAAACUGAUCUGUGCGGCUAUAAGUGACCCGGAGUGCAAAAUACAAAGGCUGAAGCUGUGGCGAGUCGGUCUCACCGAUUCUGGUGUCAAGGAUCUCGUCUCCAUUCUCAGUACAGACCGCUCACUGACGGAGCUGGAGCUGGGUUACAACUCACUCACAGACCGAUCUGUCCCCGCUCUCCGCAGCCUCAUCCUAACCCUUCCAUGUUUGGAGCGGAUUGGGCUGUUGGGCAAUGAGUUCAGUGGGACCGGUGAGAAAGAAUUGAUGUCUCUGCAGGAGCCCAGACCCGGACUAAGAGUGAUCCUUCGGAGAAAUGAGUGAAGAAAAGUCACCACCCGUGGGAUGGGAAUGCUUUUGGCCGAUUUCCGGCCCUCCCACUUAAACAUCAGCGCUCCAAGUUGAAAUCCAAGCAGUUCUCCGCUCGGACUGGGGACGGUGUGACGUCAGGGAUGGUCCUGCUGUAAUGCGAACUAGCCACCACCCCCCCCGCCCCAACCGAAUAGAGCUGCUGCUAUCGGAUAUCCAGGUCGGAUGUCUCCCAGUGGGGACCAGAGGAAUUGCACAGGAGAACCCCAGGAUGUGACGCCAAUAAUCACAGGGGUGGGUUCUCCCGGGACAUUUCUGGACUCGGAAAUCACCAGGGGUGCUGAGCUUCAUAAGGAGAAGCAUAAAGGCAGGGAGAUCAUGUUGAACCCGAACCAUGUUGUACACAGUUCUGCUCUCCCACUUUCAGAAAGGAAGUGAAGGUCCCUGAGAGUAUGUGGGACAGAUCUGCUGGAACAAUUCCAAGGACGAGGGAUUACUGCCAUGGGGUCAGACCAGGAAGUUGCUCAUGCCUGGCUCAAGGAAAACAGGCUGUGGGUGGUUUGUGAGAGAUGGACGUGGUCUUGAUGGGUUCAGGUGCGGUCAAUAGAGCGAGUUGCCUUCAUCAGUGUACGUUUCAAGGAUUGGGGCGCAGAUUUAAUUUAUGGUGCAAGCGAUAAAUAGAGGAUAUCAGGAAACAUACAAAUGUAGGAAUUAGACACAGGAGCCCUUUAACGGAUAUCCAUUCAGUACAAUCAUGGCUAAUCUCAAUGUAACCUCAAUUCCGCGUUCUCUGUCACCUACAGUAACCGAUCACCCUCCUGAUCGUCAGGAAUCUUGACACCCCUGACUCUGCUUCUACCGCCCUUUCAUGAACAAUUUCCUCUCACUGUUCUCUGCGGAUAAACAAUCCAUCUCAUCUCUCUCUUUAAUGGGUGUAAGGAAAGAGUUAAAAUUUACAAAAGUCAUAUUUAAUUCCUUCUUGGGAUGUACAAAUAUGUGCAACACAAAAUGCUGGUGGUGAGACGAAAUGGUGUCAGCUUGGACAGUGAGAAUGUUUGAGAACGUACAUAAGUACGGACACACAGCCCGACACCAGAUAAUGAUGCCGACCAUGUCUUUCUUCAAACAUGCUCUCCUGUCUUUAAGACAUGUGCCUCAGCCACAGGUCACAAGUGAUGACGGGGUACAGACUGGUACCAUAACUGAAUGACAAAUACUGGGGUAGGAACUUUUGCUCGGUUUUGAAGGAUAGAUUAAGGGGCAACUUCUUUGUGGAGAUUGCUAUCUUCCCUGAGGUGUGUCGCGACCAGCGCUCUGAGACAGAGAGAAGGCUGUAGGAAAAGGUUGUCCGACACCUGAGGUUCCCUCCGGAAUUUUCUUUGUCGGUUCAUUGAUUAGUUGAUAAGUAUUUUGCUUCCUUGUGUAUUUUAUUGUAUUCUUCCCUUCUGCAUUUUAUUAUUCAUAUAAUUCUCAUAAAAUAAUUUUCCACAACCUUUAACACGUGAUCAGUGCCUCCUUUUGUUUGUGAACACCUGCUGAAUCAGGAGAGAAAUCAUCGCCGUCACUGCA